AUGGCGAGCACCGUUUCACCUGUUUCUUUGGAUGUCACUGAUACUCCUGAUUCCAUGUUAGCUAAGGAUGAAGUGAAGCGGAACUUGGUUCAAGUCUAUGACGUUGAAGAAGAUUCUCACACAUCUGCAACGAAGCUCCGUAAGUCUGGCGAGAAAAUGUCUCACAUUCGUAAAGGUUCAUCCGCAUCAAGUCCCGAUUUUCGUAACAUAAAUGUGAAUUCAAGAAAUCCUUUGUCUGAUAUAUCUAACGUUGAUAUAUGCAGCAACACUGACAAAUCUGCAGCUUUUGAAAGAACAAAAGCUAGAAGAAUAUAUUCCAAUAGUAAAAGAUUCAAUACAACCUCAUCGCAGAGUCAAUCCACACUAAAUUAUUCAACUUCUAAUAAUAAAGAGAAUUUAAGUUCAUCCACAUCUCCCAUGUAUAACAGAUCAUUUUCUAGCCGUGGUAUAAACAUCAAUUUUUCUUGCGGUUUAUCAUCUUCGGAAAUUCAUAAGAUGAAUCUUCCUUUUUCAACAUAUCCUUCACAUGAUAUUUCCAAUGGAAACAUUGCAUCUUCCAGUGGUAUUCCAACAAACAUUACAAGCAACUCAGCAUCUACUUUAAGUCUUGACAUCAUACCUUCGUCAUCAUCUAGAACUCCACCAAAUACUGUUCUCGCAUCAAACGAACUUUCACCAUUGACAAGAAUGUCAUCAGGAAAGCGUAAAUUAGUAAGAAAACGACGAAACUUAACACCUAUACCUAUUAUUGAUUUGACAACAGAUGAUGAUAACGAGGUUGCUGAUAUCAUAGAUCAACAUUUAAAAGGUGUUUCAAAAGACUACUUGGAUCAUGGUGACCAGAUCAUCGUUUGUCGAACGUGUAACCCAAAGCUAUGGAAAGCAGAGGCGGAUAGGGGAGAACAUAAGCGAAAUAAACUUAACUAUUUCAUUUGUUGUUCAUACGGUAAAGUUUUGUUACCUGAUUUUAAGCAGCCUCCUGAAAUUUUGAAAGAUCUAUAUGUUGGCGUCAGUGCGAAGAGCAAAUUCUUUUUAAAAAACAUUCGGUGUUAUAAUUCUAUGUUCUCCAUUACAUCUAUGGGAGGAAGGAUUGACAAAAGUAUCAACCGUGGAAAUGCACCUUAUGUCUUUCGAUUAAUUGGUCAAAAUUAUCAUACUAUUGGGAGUCUAUUACCUGAUGAUGGAAAUGAGCCAAAAUUCAACCAGUUGUAUAUAUACGACACAGAUAAUGAAAUAUUUAAUCGACAAAAUGCUGUUGGGGGCUCAAACACUUCUUUUACAAUAACUGAGUCAGCUUUUGAUGUUCAGAUCAUUGAGGAACUUACACUUAUGUUAGACACUAACAACGCUUUGGUUAAAAGUUAUAGACAAGCUAGAAACUGUUUAAAUGAAAACCCUUACAUCGACUUGAAGCUUUGUCUUAUUGGUAAAAGAUCCAAAGAUGGUAGGACAUAUAACCUUCCUGAAGCUUCUGAAGUUGUUGCAUUAGUUAUUGGAGAUCUGACUCAAGCUGUUGAGAGUCGUGAUAUAGUAGUGAAAAGAAGAUCUGGUCGGAUUGAACGCAUAAGUGAAUUACAUCCUUCUUAUCUUUCUCUACAAUACCCUCUUCUAUUUCCAUAUGGAGAAGAUAUGUACAGGGUUGACAUUCUUUAUAGAGGUCUCAAUCCAGACACGAACAGCAAACGUCCAAUGUGUACUAUGCGUGAGUUCUUUGCUUAUAGAUUACAAGAUCGUGUCGAUAAGUUUUCUGUUAUUCAUAAUGCAAAAUGA